AGCCUCGGUCUCCCAUGCGGGUGGAAGCAACCGCAACGCUUAGGUCAUCAUCUGCUGCCUCCCAGCGUGUUACAGAAACUGGAUCAGAAGCGGAGAGGGGACUUGAACCCAGGCAUUCUGGCCUGCUCUCCAUGGCCAACUCUGGCCCAAACACCAAUGGCUCCCAGUUCUUCCUGACGUGUGACAAGACAGACUGGCUGGAUGGCAAGCAUGUGGUGUUUGGGGAGGUGACCGACGGUCUGGACGUCUUGCGACAGAUUGAGGCCCAGGGCAGCAAGGACGGGAAGCCCAAGCAGAAGGUGAUCAUCGCGGAUUGUGGCGAGUUCGCCUGAGCUGAGCUGGCGCCCUCUGCCCCUGCUCUGCACACCCAGGAAGGAGUUGCGGCCUCCGGGACCAGCACGGAAGCAGCGUUCGCGGCCAGAGCCCUUCCUCGGCGUCAGCUCCGGCAGGCACAGCAUGGACUUCUCUGGGCUCUUUCCCAUCGUGCCUGGGCCAGGAGCAGCCAGGCAGGCACCGCCCUCCCCAUCACGGACAGGCCCGGCGUUUGCUGCCAGGGCCCAUCCCCCACCUGCCUGGGGGGACCCUGGAGGUUUUCUACACCGAAAUAAACCCUCGUCCUCAGACUGCUGCCUCCAGCCAGACCCCAGGUGUUUUCAGAGGUGGCCGAGGGCACAGGCUGUGGUGUCUUCCUGGCGUCCCCAGCUUCGGCCCUUUCCCCUGAGGAGGUGGGCUUCAAGCGGGACUUCUCUCCCUGCCCACCCUCUGGGGAGGCACUGAGACCUGCUGUGUGAGGGAGAAGACGAGGCGGAGCUCAAGGCCUGAAAUGCUGCUGAAAAUCACGUUUCCAAUGACUAUUUGAUAAAUUUGCUAGGUACUCACGUA